AUGCUGCAGCUGAAGCCGAAACUAAAUGAUCUAAUGAGAUGUAACGUAGGUGAUGGCAAGACAGCCAGCUUCUGGUACGACUGGUGGACUGACCUUGGACUCCUAAUCUCUGUCUUUGGUGCUAGAGGGCCGGGGGAUUUACAAAUCCCGUUACAUUCUACUGUCUCCUCGGCUGCAGCCAAUGGUGAUUGGAUUCUUCCUCCAGCUCGAUCUCACGAAGCUGAAACUCUUCAACUGGUUCUCUCAACUAUGCAGCCUCCGUCAGACUCGCGCGGGAAGGACGUUUUCCUCUGGCGGAAUGGUGAUUGGGCUGAUUGGUCUUUCUCUAAGAAAUUUUCAUCUAAAGCAACGUGGAAUCUCUUGAGACAAAGAUCUCCUGUCGUUCCUUGGUGUAAUCUUGUUUGGUUUAAAGAAGCGGUUCCUAGAUUCUCUUUUGUAUCUUGGAUGACAGUGUUAGCAAGGUUGCCUACUAGGGACAGGCUAAUCUCAUGGGGAAUGACGGUCCCGGCAGCAUGUACCCUCUGCUCCUCGGGUCUGGAAUCUCAUGCUCAUCUGUUCUUCAACUGUACUUUUUCCUCAGCAGUUUGGUCUCAUUUUGCUGGAUGGAUGUUUUCCACUCCGCCGGUCUCCCCAGACUCUGUUAUCACCAUCAUCGACAGGCCUUACAUUGCCUCUUGUCCUGGUGCGGCAACUGUUAUUAAGCUUUUGGCGCAGGUCAUUGUUUACUGUCUGUGGUGUGAGAGGAACCAUCGCAUCUUCCGUCAAGUAUCAUCUACCGAAGCAGCGAUCAUCUCCAGGGUUGGCCGCUUGAUGGGGGAUUGUCUCCUUUCGCUGCCGCCGCCUCGUGAGGGAUCAGCCUCCUACUUGCUGCUGUUUCUCUCAUCUCGCUCCUUGUUCCCGCCUUAG